CGUUCUUCUUUUUUUUUGUUCCCGUGAGAAAUCGAUGGAAUUUCGCGAUGUUUUGAACGAUAAAGGCAGCGUUUUGGGGUCCCUCUUUGAUGUUUUCUUCGCCUUUGAUUCAGGGUAGAGAAUGGACUUGCGGGCAUUUCUCGAUCUUGGGGAUUUUUUUUUUUGUUCCAAAUCUUUCUUUUUUAAACAAAACUAUGUGAAGAUAGCGGUUUGAACCUUGGAUGGGGUUCGAUUCUUGUGUUUCUUGUUUGGAUUACCUCGUUCCCCCGAUUUUUCCGUUCAAAAUUGUAGCUUUGGGAUUGUACGAUGGAAUUCCAACGCGCCGGCUGGGAAUAUAUGUAGCUUAAUUGCUGAAGAUUAGCUUUCUUGGGAAUUUCUGGGAGUUCUGAUGAUUAUCUUUUUCUCUUUUGCCUCUCGACCAUCCUACCUAUUUUUAGCAACUAAAUUGCUAUCUCGCUUCAAAUUAUUCUUCUCUUAAUUUGGUGGCUAGGUUAUUCUUUUGGAAUUUUUUUUGUGACGCGUUUGAAGGUUUUGUACCUUUUUCUUUAAAGAAAGGGCCUUUUCUUGGUUCGUUGUUCUGUUCUUCCUUUGGAGAAUUGAUUGAAUUGAAAGGUUGUUGCUUGAAACGGAACAUAGAUGAGAAAGCUAGUAGGCUUACCUUUUUAGCUUAUAAUGCUUUAUAGUCAAUUUAUAACCUCUGAGUUGGCUGCUAUUUUGAUAAUAUUUUAGUGUAGGGAUUCUUAUUUUUUUGUUUUGUUUAAGAUUUACUAGUAGAAUUUCUCAUGCUGGAUUGGUCUGAUUCCUUUUUCUCAUAGAAAAGCUAAAGAAAGAAUGAAUUUUCCUCUACGGAAUCACCAAAAGAAAGCAUUAAAUAUGCAAGAUAUUCAGAUGUCUUCGUUUUUAUAUAUUUGAAUAAAGGCUCGGUGUUCUCAUAGAUACGUUGUGGGGGGUAUAGAUCCUUAGAUAUAAGAUGGGAAGUAAAAUAUAGAUAGAAAGAUCACUUUAGUAUUACUGAUGUAUUAUGAAUAUUCGAGGAUUUACUUAAAUCGCUGAAAUCGGCGGCAUCUAUGCUGUUUGUUCCUCUUCUAAUAUGUGUCAAUCAAAAAUUCUUCCAUUUCUCUCUCACCUUAAUUCUUCAUUGCUAUGCACAGAAUUGUGAUAUUUAGAAGAAUCUUAAAAAUUAACAUAUAUGAACUACAAAUGCAUAGAUGGUGAUAACUUUUGAAAUAGUAUAUAAUUGAUUAUUCAAUGCGAUGCAUAGCCCUCUUGUUAGGUUACACAUAUUUUAUAGGCAUAAAAAUUGUGAUGUCUGAACUGUUAUUCUUGUAUGAUGGCUUUUACUACACAUCAUAUGCAUGAUAGCUUCUUUUUGAUCGAAAUAAUUGAUACAUGUGAACAGUGCUUAUUUCAGCUGUUACUGUUUUUUUGUUGCUAUUGGUUAUUAUUUUCCACUAUAUGCACAAAUAGAUCCCAUUAAAAUGGUAAACUUUGGAUGUGACAAAACAGAAUAAGUGUUGGUGAAACUCCGGAACCUUACUUUCUAAAAGAGUUAUUAUCCAUAAAACAUAUUAGGAGUCUUGUAGCAAUACCCAGAAUUUGAGACAAACAGGUGGCCCUUCUAAGAUAACGUCUUGUAUUGGUACACGACAAAAGUAUUGCAUAAUCUGUGAACGAAAGUUUGUUUAAGAAAUGGAAUGCUAGAACCAAAGUUGCGCAAUUAACUGCGAUAACUUUUGCAUGAAUUUAUUUUCUUGUUAGGCAUCUAGAAGCCAGAUGGUAUGCUACAAGUUGAUCGUCCAUCUCCAUCACAAUAGAGCUGGCAUUGCCUUGUUCUAGCUAGUCAUUUUGGUGAUAGAAAUUUAUUAUUCUAUGGUGGAUCAUCUUUAACAACGUCCGUAUUAGGCUUCUGUUGUUGGUUGCCUAUUCUCUCAUGGCUACUUGCAUUUUGAGUUAGGGUUCCAUGGCUACUUUUGGUUGAUAGCUCCACUCCAUCUUGAAAGCUUAUUGAUGAUUCCUAUCUUGUUUGGUGGUGUUUCUGGUGUCGCUGCUCAGCCUCACCUCUUCCUCCACCGGCAUUCUUAAAAGCAUAGUAAUCCAUGUGAGCACUUAGUCCUCUCAACCAGUUGCCCAGAAAAAGAGAGCAUUCAUAGCAAGAUGGAGGUUGGAAGGCCAGCAGAGGGAUGCUUGGGCGAAUGCAUGGAGGAAAUUCAGCUGAGUCAGGAACCACCGAAGAAAUGUGGCCUGGAUGAUGGCAUGCCGGCAUCGGCCAAUGGGUGCUUUGAUUGCAACAUAUGCUUGGACUCUGCCGUCAACCCGGUGGUUACCCUCUGUGGCCAUCUCUACUGCUGGCCAUGCAUAUAUAAGUGGCUGCAGCAGGAUGAGAGCAUCUCCCAGCAGCAGUGCCCUGUCUGCAAGGCAUCCAUCUCCGAGAACACCCUGGUGCCGCUCUACGGCCGGGGUCACAGCACCAAGAAACCCCAAGAGACCCUCAAGAUCCCCGAUCGUCCCUCCGUCCAUCGAGAGGCGAUUGAACUCCAAUCCUCAUCCACAAAUGGGGAGCGGUAUGGCGAUACGUACCCUCCAAUUCUCCGGCAUCGGCAGCAGCAUUACCAUCUCCAUCAGCACGAGCAUCGCCGCUAUCCUUAUUACAGCAUUCCUGGUGGCGAAGCCAUGCCACCAUCCUCCCCACUGGGGACGCCGCCGGCGACACGGGUGAUCAGUAGUCCGACCGCGGGGGGAGCGCUUGGGGGAAUGGCGGUUGCAGUGCUUCCAUGGGUCUUCAGGAAUCAGGAGGCAGCUAGCAUGAACUACUCGAGCAGCCCAUACUAUACAGCAAGGAAUGGGGGCAGCCCAAGGCUCAGGAGGCAGGAGAUGGAGCUGGAGAGAGCGCUCCAUCAGAUAUGGGUUUUCCUGUUCUGCUGUUCAAUGCUGUGCCUUCUCUUGUUCUGAGUGUAGAUAAUAAGACUGUUUGAUUACAUGUUGUAAUGCCUCUUUACUUCAAGGGUUAACUAAGACUUUGAGAAAAUUA